AGUACUCCCGAGGAUAUCUUAUUGUGACAACAAUAAACCCCGAUGGAGGAAGGCAGAGCCAAAGACAGCGGGAUACGCGCUGGUUUUUAAGAGUGAAAACAGUGACUUCUCCUGCAACAACAUGAGACAACUUCAGACUCGUGGUGCGCACUAGCGGGGAUCGACGCACAGACACGGACGAUGGAUUUCCUUUCGACUUUCGACGAUAUAAUAGUUGGAAAUUGAUGCAAAAGUGAUGCGCGAUGAUGGCCACUCCAACGCACCCGGAGACCAGGAGAUUUACGCGCGGCUUGAGCAAGCCUGGCACCGCGGCCGAACUCCGACAGAGCGUCUCUGAGGUGGUGAGGACGUCCGUGUUGAUCGUGAAGCCGAAGGUGAUUGAGCCACUGGACUAUGAAAAUGUACUGGUGCAGAGGAAGACGCAGAUCCUCAGUGAUGUCCUCAGAGACAUGCUGCAGUUCCCUUUCGAGGACUUUGAGAUUUCAACGUUGAGGCGCCAGGGGAGGACGCUGCUCCCCACAGUGCCUGAAAACGCAGAGGAGGAGGCCCAGAGUCUGUUCGUCCAAGAGUGCAUCAAGACCUACAAGUCAAACUGGCACGUCGUCAACUACAAGUAUGAAGACUAUUCUGGUGAUUUUCGACAGAUCCCAAACAAAGUGUCGCGGCCUGAUAAACUGGCUGUCCAUGUGUUUGAAGUGGAUGAAGAUGUCGAUAAAGAUGAGGACUCGGCCUCCUUAGGCUCCCAGAAAGGUGGGAUUUCCAAACAUGGCUGGCUCUACAAAGGAAACAUGAACAGCGCCAUCAGCGUCACCAUGAGGUCGUUCAAGAGGAGGUAUUUCCACCUAACCCAGCUCGGUGACGGCUCGUAUAAUUUAAACUUCUACAAGGAUGAGAAGAUCUCCAAGGAGCCCAAAGGAACCAUUUUCCUGGACUCUUGUAUGGGCGUGGUUCAGAACAACAAGGUUCGCAGGUUUGCCUUCGAGCUGAAGAUGCAGGACAAGAGCUCCUACCUGCUGGCUGCCGACAGCGAGGCAGAGAUGGAGGACUGGAUCAACACGCUCAACAAGAUCCUACACAGCAGCUUCGAGAUCGCCAUGCACGAGAAAAGAAAUGGAGACGUUCACGAUGAUGAUGAUCUUGGAAAGUCAGACAGCUCCUCUGGCAGCAUGGACAGCUAUCAGAGCACCAGAGAUAUUGAAUCGAGGGUGCGGAACGAGACCAGGUUGAAGCUGUUCACUCUUGAUCCGGACACGCAGAAACUGGACUUCUCAGGAAUAGAGCCAGACGUCAAGCAGUUUGAGGAGAAGUUUGGCAAGCGGGUCCUGGUGAACUGCAACGACCUCUCGUUUAAUCUGCAGAGCUGUGUGGCGGAGAACGAGGAGGGGCCCACGACCAACGUGGAGCCGUUCUACGUCACCCUGUCACUGUUUGACAUCCAGAACGGCAGGAAGAUCUCCUCCGACUUCCACGUGGACUUAAAUCACCCGUCUGUGAGGGGCAUGCUGCCCAACAGCGCCAGCCACUACAUGAACGGGGGCAACGACGCCCGUCCUGAGGGCCAGCGCUCCAUCCACGGGGUGCCAGAAUCGGCCCUGCAGUAUCCCAGACAGGGAGUGUUUUCGGUCACGUGCCCCCACCCAGACAUAUUCCUGGUGGCUCGCGUAGAGAAAGUGCUUCAGGGCGGGAUUAACCACUGUGCAGAGCCGUACAUGAAGAGCUCCGACUCUACCAAGGUGGCACAGAAGGUCCUGAAAAAUGCCAAACUGGCGUGUAGUCGAUUGGGCCAGUACAGGAUGCCUUUUGCCUGGGCAGCAAGGCCUUUGUUCAAAGAUGCCUCGGGGACGCUGGACAAAAGUUCCCGCUUCUCCGCUCUGUACAGGCAGGACAGCAACAAACUGUCCAAUGACGACAUGCUCAAACUGCUGGCUGAUUUCAGAAAACCAGAGAAGAUGGCCAAGCUGCCUGUAAUCCUAGGAAACCUCGAUGUUAUCAUCGACAACGUAGCCCCCGACUGGACAAAUUGCAUUACCUCAUCCUACAUUCCUGUGAAGCAUUUCGACGUCAGUGAGAAGAGCAGCAUCUUCUUUGAAUUGGAGGAGUUUGUGCCAUGCAUCGCCAAAUGUUCUCAGCCUUUCACCAUCUACAACAAUCACCUCUACAUCUACCCGAAGCACUUGAAAUACGACAGCCAGAAGUCAUUUGCCAAGGCUAGAAACAUAGCUGUCUGCAUUGAGUUCAGGGACUCAGAUGAUGAAGAGGCUGUUUCACUGAAGUGCAUCUACGGGCGACCUGGAGGACCUUUGUUUACCAAAAAUGCAUUUACCUCAGUAUUACAUCACCAGCACAACCCAGAGUUCUACGACGAAUUUAAGAUUGAGCUGCCGACCCAGCUCCACGAGAAGCAUCACCUGCUCUUCACCUUCUACCACGUGAGCUGCGACAGCAACAGCAAGGCCAGCACCAAAAAGAGGGACCUGAUCGAGACGCAAGUGGGUUACGCCUGGCUCCCCCUGCUGAAGGACGGCCGGGUCACCAUGAAUGAGAGUCAGGUCCCCGUGGCCGCCAACCUGCCUGCCGGAUACCUGGGCUGUCAAGACGGUGCCAGCAAGCAUUGUUCUGAGGUCAAGUGGGUGGAUGGAGGCAAGCCUCUGUUCAAGGUGUCCACCCAUCUCGUGUCUACCAUCUACACUCAGGAUCAGCAUUUACACAACUUCUUUCAUCACUGUCAGAGCGUGGCAUCAGAAGCCCAGGCGUCAGGAGGAGAGCUGGUCAAAUACCUGAAGAGUCUGCAUGCCAUGGAGACUCAUGUGAUGAUCAAGUUCCUGCCGACCAUCCUCAAUCAGCUGUUUAGAGUCCUGACCAGCGCUACCCAAGAGGACGUGGCGGUAAACGUCACCAGAGUCAUGAUUCACGUGGUAGCCCAGUGCCACGAGGAAGGCUUGGAGCACUAUCUACGCUCCUACGUGAAGUUUGUGUUCAAGACUGAGCCGUACUCAUCCUCCACCACCCGGACUGUGCACGAAGAGCUGGCUAAAGCCAUGACUGCAAUCCUGAAACCUUCCACCGACUUCCUAACGAGCAACAAGCUCCUCAAAUACUCCUGGUAUUUCUUUGAGGCCUUAGUCAAAUCCAUGGCUCAGUAUUUGAUUGAAAGCUGUAAAGUGAAGCUGUCGAGGAAUCAGCGCUUCUCAGCCUCCUUCCAUCACACUGUGGAGACCCUGGUCAACAUGAUGAUGCCACACAUCACCCAGAAGUACAAGGACAACCUGGAUGCAGCUCGGAACGCCAACCACAGCCUGGCGGUCUUCGUCAAGCGUUGUUUCAACCUGAUGGACAGAGGCUUCGUGUUCAAGCAGAUCAACAACUACAGCAACUGCUUUAUGCCUGGAGACCCAAAGACACUCUUUGAGUUCAAGUUCGAGUUCCUGCGUGUGGUGUGCAACCACGAGCACUACGUGCCCCUCAACCUGCCCAUGCCGUUUGGAAAGGGGAGAAUAUUGAGAUUUCAAGACCUCCAGCUGGAUUAUUCCCUGACAGAUGACUUCUCUAAGAACCAUUUCCUGGUGGGGCUGCUGCUCAGGGAGGUCAGUGCAGCUCUGCAGGAGUUCAGGGAGAUUCGUCAGAUAGCCAUCCAGGUGCUGAAGAAUCUCAUGAUAAAACAUACGUUUGAUGACCGCUACACCUCCAAGAGCCAGCAGGCCAGACUGGCCACCUUGUACUUUCCCUUGUUUGGUCUGCUUCAUGAAAACGUCAACAGGCUGAAUGUGAAGGAAACAUCCCCGUUCACCGUCAACCACUCCAUCAACAAUAAUGGACGAGAGGAGACGCUCCUGACCAACGCUUUGACGACCCCUCCCAGGUCCAGCACCUUUAUGGACGCCAGCUUGCACAAAGAUGUCUUUGGAGUCAUCUCCGGCACCACUUCGCCUCAUGCGGUGUCCACGCCCAACAUUAACUCUGUACGCCACGCAGACUCCCGCGGAUCGCUGAUCAGCACCGAUUCUGGGAACAGCCUUCACGAGAGGAGCGUCGACAAAGGGAAUUCUCUGGAAAAGAACCAGCCUGCCUCCCCCCUGGGCAGCACCUUGCUGCGCUGUGACAAACUGGACCAGGCUGAGAUCAAGAGUCUCCUCAUGUGUUUCUUACAUGUGCUUAAAAGCAUGUCUGAAGAUGCUCUGUUCACAUACUGGAACAAGGCUUCAUCUGCAGAACUGAUGGACUUCUUCACUUUAAUCGAGGUGUGCCUCCAUCAGUUCAGAUACAUGGGAAAGAGAUACAUCGCAAGGAACCAGGAUGGGGCAGGACCCGUAGCACAUGAGCGGAAGUCUCAGACUCUGCCCGUGUCCCGUAACAGGGCGGGAAUGAUGCAUGCCCGCUUACAGCAGCUCAGCAGCCUGGAUAACUCAUACACUUUUAACCACACGUACAGUCACUCUGAUGCAGAUGUGUUAAAUCAGUCGCUGCUGGAGGCAAACACUGCCACCGAAGUGUGCCUUACCGUCCUGGACACACUCAACAUCUUCAUCAUGGGUUUCAAGACGCAGCUUUGCUCUGACCAUGGCCACAGCCCGCUCAUGAAGAAGGUGUUUGAAGUCCACCUCUGCUUCCUGCACAUCAAUCAGUCAGAAACGGCCCUCAAGCAGGUCUUCACAACGCUGCGCACCUUCAUCUACAAGUUCCCGUGCACAUUUUUUGAAGGGCGGGCAGACAUGUGUGCAGCAUUCUGCUACGAGAUCCUGAAGUGCUGUAACUCCAAACUGAGCUCCAUUCGCGGUGAUGCAGCCCGUCUGCUGUAUUUCCUCAUGAAGAGUAACUUUGACUACACGUGUCGCAAGUCUUUUGUCAGGACACACUUGCAGGUGGUGAUUGCUGUUAGCAAGCUGAUCGCUGAUGUGAUUGGUAUCGGAAGUACGCGCUUCCAGCAGUCUCUGUCAAUAAUCAACAACUGUGCCAACAGUGACAAAACUAUCAAGAACACGGCUUUCCCGUCGGAUGUCAAGGACCUGACCAAACGCAUCAGAACCGUUCUCAUGGCAACAGCUCAGAUGAAGGAGCACGAGAGAGACCCGGAGAUGCUGGUAGACCUGCAGUACAGUCUCGCCAAGUCUUACGCCAGCACGCCUGAGCUGCGCAAGACCUGGCUGGACAGCAUGGCCCGAAUCCACGUGAAGAACGGAGACUUAUCGGAGGCGGCCAUGUGCUACGUUCAUGUUGCAGCACUCGUGGCAGAAUACCUCCGGAGAAAAGGCAUGUUUAAGCAGGGCUGCUCAGCAUUCCGGGUUGUGACUCCCAACAUUGAUGAGGAAGCUUCAAUGAUGGAGGACGUUGGCAUGCAGGAUGUCCAUUUCAAUGAGGACGUCUUAAUGGAGCUUUUGGAGGAGUGUGCAGAUGGACUGUGGAAAGCAGAGCGUUAUGAGCUCAUUUCUGACAUCUACAAGCUCAUAAUCCCCAUUUAUGAGAAGCGCAGGGACUUUGAGAAACUGGCUCACCUGUAUGACACGCUGCAUCGUGCGUACAGCAAAGUGACGGAGGUCAUGCACACAGGCAAGAGACUGCUGGGCACCUACUUCAGGGUUGCUUUCUUUGGUCAGCAGUACCAGUUUACUGACUCAGAGGCUGAGGGCUUCUUUGAGGAUGAAGAUGGUAAGGAGUACAUCUACAAGGAACCCAAGUUCACCCCUCUAUCUGAAAUAUCCCAGAGACUUCUAAAGCUCUACUCUGACAAGUUUGGACAGGAGAACGUCAAGAUGAUCCAGGACUCUGGGCGGAUCAACCCCAAAGACCUGGACUCUAAGUAUGCAUACAUCCAAGUGACGCACGUGACCCCAUACCUGGAGGAGAAGGAGCUGGUCGACAGGAAGACCGACUUUGAGAAGAGCCACAACAUCCGUCGAUUUGUGUUUGAGAUGCCUUUCACAAUAUCGGGCAAAAAGCAAGGCGGCGUGGAGGAACAGUGCAAACGCAGGACGAUACUGACCACCACACACUGUUUCCCCUACGUGAAGAAGCGUAUAGCGGUGAUGUACCAACACCACACCGAUCUGAGCCCCAUCGAGGUGGCCAUCGACGAGAUGAGCAAGAAAGUGGCGGAGAUCAAGCAGCUCUGCUCCUCCAGCGACGUGGACAUGAUCCGCCUGCAGCUCAAACUGCAGGGCAGCAUCAGCGUCCAGGUGAACGCUGGGCCACUCGCAUAUGCUCGAGCUUUCCUGGACGAUACGAGUGCAAAGAAGUUUCCAGAUAACAAGGUCAAACAGCUGAAAGAGGUCUUCAGGGACUUUGUGGAGGCAUGUGGACAUGGUUUAGGCAUUAAUGAGCGACUCAUCAAAGAGGACCAACAGGAGUACCACGAUGAGAUGAAGGCCAACUACAGAGACCUGGCCAGAGAGUUGUCCAUCAUCAUGCACGAGCAAAUCAGCCCCGUGGAAGACGGCAUGAAGAGCGUCCUCCCAGACUCGCUUCACAUCUUCAACGCCAUCAGCGGCACGCCGACCAGCGCCACCAUCCAGGGCAUCCCCAGCUCGUCCUCAGUGGUGUGACGCCGAUGGAGGCCAGAGAGCCGCGUACUCGCCGACGAGGCCUUCCGGGGAAAGUUGCUUCCAAACCCCCGACCCCGUCAGCUCGGAGGGAAGCUGAUGGAAGAGCAGACGACUCCCAGACCCCCCCGUCUCACACCCUGACUGUGACAAAGCGCUGGACUUCUUCUCACACAUACACCCGUCCCGGUGACCCGCUGAUAAGACAGUGCUGAAGCUUGAUGAGACAACAGACGUGACAUUAGAGGGCGGACGUCAGGACACAGACUGCGUUCCCAACGUUGUGGACAGACGUAAUGUUUUCACCAGUUUUUACCUGAAAAGACGGACCAGAGUUUUCUACGGACGCAUUCCCACUGGGAUUUUUAACAUGCAUGUCACUACUUCUCUCCUUUCCAAGAGCCCAGUUUUGUUUACUUUGAUAAUGUCUCAUUUUGUGAUUUAUAUGUACAGUAUUUCACUUUUUAUAAACCACUAUACUGAUGUCUCGAUGAACAGUAUAUGCUGCAUAGACGCUCGACUCCCUGCGCGUGAAGAUUUUUACAAAAAGAAAUGCUAUAACUUCUGUUACCAUUCAGUCUUGAAUCACGUCAACGUCUUAGAGCCGGGGACUUCUUAAAUAUUUAAAGUCACUGCAUACAAAAGUGUAUUCCAAGCUGUUUAUUCGUGUAUAUAAAAAGGACUGCGUGCAAUAUUUGCAAAGUAUCUUGCUGAGUGGAGAUCGUACACUGUAAAGAUUAUGUUUUUGCCAAAGCGAUGAGGUGUGUAUGUGGGGGGGAGGGGGGGACACUAUGCCUACUGUGGAAAAAAUAUGAAGCUUAUACUGUUUUGUGUUAUUUUAAAAUGUUCAAGAAAUUGUUUUAUAUUUGGGCAGCAUUGCUUUUUAAUAUUUAACACAAAAGUCACUGUUCUGCUGUAAACAGAGAUGGUCCCUAAUGCUUAUCUUUUAAAUAAAAACACUUAUAUA